UAGAGCAUGCCCCAUCGCGUAGAUGAUUGUGGUGUGGCUGCAUGAUGGACAAAUUCGCCGUCGUCAGCAGGAGAGAAAGAAGAGCACGAAUUGUCGGCCACGACUUCUGCACGCGACUGUUCUUGGACGCGACGCGACCGAUCAAAGCUGCGGAAGGAACGAAGGAAUUACAUGCGUGUCCACCCACGCACAUGUUACACCCGACCUGCCCAACAACAUGCAAUCCUCACAUGUGCCCUGCGCGUUCUUUGAGCAAUGUCUUCAGCCAUCGACCUGACAUGGCGAGCCGCCGUGGAAGCGAAUCUCCAGGAAGCCCGGAAACGCCGAGGACGAUUGGGUUUGAAGAAAUCAAGAGGCGGGUGUCUGACUUGCAAGACGAGGCAUAUCAGAUGCGACAAGGCGAAUCCAUGCCGUAACUGUACUUCAACAGGCCGCCAAUGUGGCUACGCCGGAGCCGUAACGACUUCAAGACAACGCAGCGAGGACAGCACAAGUCUGAUUCAGGGAUGCCUUGCCAACAACUUGAAUCCGAGCAACGAUGAAAUGCGGACAUUCAGCUAUUUCUUGAGCCAUACUGCUCCGCGACUUGCUCAAAACCUGGACAAGGAUUUCUGGUGCGGUCAUGUACUCCAGAUCGCUCAUCAAGAGCCUCUUGUCAUGGACUCAUUGUUGGCUCUAUCGACAUUGUACGAGCACCCGCAGUUCAUGAAAAGCUUCCACUUGACUGCGGAUGCACACAACAGCACCAAUGGCGUGCACCCGUCAUUGUUACAGCGGCCCAUCGAACGCGAGCACGUGAAAGCCCUGAAGCACUACAAUCGAGCCAUCUCUCAAUUCCAAAAGAAAAUGCACGAUGGCAGCGCCACUCCGCUCCUGGCCAUGCUUACCUGCACUCUCUUCAUCUGCAUUGAGAUUAUCAGGGACAACAUAUUUGGCGGCGUCAGCUUGUUCAUCACGGGUGCGACACUCAUGCGACAGUUCUCCAGCUGCCCCGAAGGCAUGAGUUGCUCUCUGUACGAUGCCAUCAGGCAAAUAUUUGCUCGACUUGCUGUUUCUGGUGCUCUGAUGGGCCACCCCGCUGAGCAUGAUGUGGAGGAAUGGGCUGGUAAAUCUCCUCACGAUGCCGGAGCGUUCUCCAAUAUCGCGGAGGCACGCAACAUGUUGUUCCGUCUGCUCGGCGAGAGUCAUGCAACGCUGAGACUCGCCAAUUGCCACCGUAGAGAGGCACUCUCCCGAGGCACUUCUGGCGGCAUCCCGGCGUUUGCCAACAACACGCUUGAUGACUACGACUUCGAUGAUCUGCCUCCGCCACCUCCGAGGCCUUAUGAACUGCCUGAAAAUGGUUAUACUACAAAUAUGGGCACAUGGUCUGCAGAUCUGUACGAACCAAAUGAAGAUGAUGGCAAUAUCCAGCGCGAAGACCAGCAGCAUGAUUAUCGGGCGGUACUUGGAGGGGUCUCGGAAGAUCUGUACGACCUUGCGUGGGAGCAUGGCGACAUAACCGCUCAACAAAGAUCUACCAUGAAACUGGGCGAUCGAAAUUUCCCGUGUGAUGACCAAGCUAUCCAUGAUAGACGACUGAUAUUGCUUUCGAGACUGAAACGCUGGCACAAGACUUUCAAACGUAUUCACUCUGAAGAGGACGAGGUUGCAGCUUCGUUGUUGAUGCACUACCAAUUCGCUAUUACAUGGUUGCAAGCCUGUCCAAUAGACGAUGAAAGUGCCUUUGACAACUGGACGCAAAGUUUCAAGGAGAUCCUGCGAUUAUCCGAAAUCUUUCUCGCCAAGAGCGAACACUCAACAUUCACGUUCGAGGUCGGCACUGUUCCUGCCUUGGCCUUCGUCGCUGGAAAAUGCCGUGUCACAUCCGUACGCCGCAAAGCCCUGUCUCUUUUGUCCCGAGCGCCAUCGAAAGAAUCUAUGUGGUGCGCUCAGUCGGUUGGCGAAGUUCUGGCCCGACUGAUAACGAUUGAAGAAGAAGGGCUCGGUCUGCCUCCACCACUUGUCGGCUCGUCAUCAUGGGGUUAUAGUGGUGAUCUAUACAUUGAUGACUCCGUCCUCCCGCCCGAGGAGCAGCGCGUGCACGUUUUUGGCAUACGUGUGAACAAAACUGCCGGUCGGUAUGAUAUUCGUAUUACUCGUUAUUUCGUCGAUGUCGAGACCGGUGCUCGGGUCAAGGUACUGAGCGAUCAUCCGAUAUGAGUUGUCUGCUGCGCUCCUAGAAGGUUUGUCAGCCUGGGAGCAUGCACUGCAACGGGCAAAGUGAAGGACAUGCAUCCUCG